AUGGCUGCAAAGUCACUCGUUGACAUAGCAUAUGAGUCUGACUCCAGCAGCGAUAGCAGUGACGAAGGAGAUGUGCCGUGUUUACCCAAGGAUGAGGUCAAUGAAAGGAAACUCCAAAAUCUCCAGAGAAAAGCUUUCUACAAUCUUCUCCAAACUUUCGCUUUCGAAAACUCCACAAUGUCAAACAAGAGGACUGAGAUCAUAGGAAAACUGAUGAACGAGUGGGGGAUUGCUAACGAAACUCAUAUCUCCUUUGCGGAUCAGAUUCAGAAGAAACUUCUGACUCUAAAACAAACGAAGCAUUCUGGUGUGAAGGAAACGCAGAUACCAGCGACGCCAUUGACCAACACUGCAACGCCGAGUACGUUUUUUGUUCCUAAACCUGUCAAAAGCUGGGGCAGUGUUAAUCCAGAGUCUCUUAUUGGAAAAUGGGUCAGUAUAAGGCUUCCUGAUAAAGCUAAGUUCACUGAAUACAUCAUCAAAGCAUAUGAUGCGGAAAAGGAAAUGCAUAGCCUAUUGACCGAAACCUCGAACCCAAUGGAGGUUGAUUGCAUUGACCCGUUUAGAUGGAUAGAUAUCAGAGAUAUUUCGCCUAACGAUAUCAUGUGGGAAGGUGGACAAAAGCCAAACUUUGCUGCUCCCAACCAAUCUGCUGCAGCUACAGGUCAAUGA